GAUGGUACGAUUGACACCGUGAACUAAAUAUUGUUUUGCAAGAGUUGCGGCGAAAUUGACUCUACUUGACCGGUUAGUAAACGUUUACGCGACAAAAGUUAUAGAAGAAAUAUUUAUCGUACUCGUAUUCGUGAAUCUCAUGUAAUCCACCGCGCUUUCACGCGGAAACAGCAGCACCAUGAGUCUGAUUGCGGAUCCGCUUCUAUUUAUAAUCUCAUUGAUCAUCACGGGUUUUGUGUUGUUCCUCCUGGUGUAUUAUAUAAUAACAUUAUCGGAUCUCGAAUGUGAUUAUUUGAAUGCACAAGAAUGUUGCUCUAAGUUGAAUAUGGGAGUAUUACCAAAACUGAUAGCACAUACAUUCUUAGUAUGUCUUCUAUUAAUACAUGGACAAUUAAUAUUGACAUUAGUGAACAUACCUAUGACGAUAUGGUUGUUUUACGAAUAUUUUGGAGUUCCCAGUGGAAAUAUGGGAGUUUAUGACCCCACAGAGAUUCAUAAUCGUAGUCAAUUAAAAAGAUACACACGUGAUUGUAUGAUUCAUUUGGGAUAUUGUCUCAUUUUUUUUAUUUAUCUUUAUUGCAUGAUUGUGGCAUUUCUGAAAGGAGAUCCUAUCAACAGGAACGACGACACUAUAAUAGAAUUAUGAAUAUAGAGAAAUCGAGGAGCCCUACAAACCCCUUUUACACGCGUGUUCAUCUUUUAUAAUUUUAUAUAAUAAGUCUUUCAUAUAUAAGAAUAAUAAUAAGCCUAUAUAGAUACUAGACUAUUAUAUAAGAUUAUAUAAGUAAUCUAGACAGCGAAUGUACCAUUGUGUCUAUUGUACGUGUUGCUUAUGCAUAACGUAUGGAAAUAAUCGUAAGUUUCUAGUCUUAAAGUUAUAAGCGAAAGUCUGUAUUAUAGCAGGGAUUGUGUUUAAGGAUUGCAAUAUAAGUGUAAUAUUUUACGAAAUUUUAUUGCUAAAUCCAUUACAGGUGAUAUUGAAA